AUGUAUCACGUCCGGCGGCUCACCAUCACCGCCAUCUCCAUCGGCCUCGUCAUCUUCGUCUUCACCUACCUGCCCACCGUCCUCAACCCGACACCACCCUCGGCCGAGGAGAAACGCCGCGACAAGAAAUGGAUCGACUCCAGUCCCUACUGGCUUGAUCGCCAGGCCUGCCGCUGGUUCAGUCUGUGUGGCGUGCACCACCUGCGCUGGGAUGCUCCCGCCCUCGGCAACCACACCAACGAGCGCCACGACAACGACGACGAUGGCCACGAGCUCGGCCUGGAUCUGAAGUCUCUCGAGCUUCGCGAGCUGUUUGCCGUCAGCGACAGCUACAAGUGGCUGUCGCGCGAGUCGACGGGCGACGAGAGCUGGGAGAUUGCGGGGCGUGCGAAGACUGUUGCCGUCUCCACCUCGACAUCAGAGAGCCCGGAUGCGCCGGACGAGCCGGCCGUGCGGGAGCCAUCCACCGACACGGAAGGGCCGGCCAUGGGCGAACUGCGGAAGCGGGCAGCCUCGCCGCCACCGUCCCCGCCCAAAGACCCCUACGCCAUCCCGCAGUACGUCCUCGACCAUGCGCCGCUCGUCCACCUCUUCUCCGGCGAGAACUUUUGGCCAUCGCACAUUGCCGAGCACGUUAAGCACAUGAUCCCCGCGACCAACGGCUCGGCCAUCCGCGACCGCAAGACCGGUGACAUCAUCCGCCCCAACGGCUCGCACCCCUUGACGCUCGACAACCUCUACGAAACCCUCAACCACUACCGCACGCGCGUGACCCUGACCAGCGAGGUCGACGUCGAGAGCCGUCCGGAGUGGCUGCACUCACACUACGGCAUCCCCCUUCCGUUUGAUGGCAACAACAACGACGGCAGCGACGGCAGCAACCCCCACACCAACCCCGACAUCCGCAACGGCCAUGACUACGAGCAGCCCGACCACAAGUUCUCGGAUGAUACCACCUGGUUUGCCGUCGACAAGGACCACCCGCUCAACCGCAUUUCGGACCCGCGCAAGCUGCCCACGCCGCAAGAGGUCAUGGCCAUGCGCCAGGCCAAGGGCCCGCGCGAGGCUCUGACCCGUUUCAACGGUCCGCAGGAGGCACGCGUUCGCCAGCUGCUGCAUGAGCGGGCGGCCGCUGCCGUGGCCGCCUCGACCGGGGCUCAGCGCCACCAGAUUGUCGUCGGCGACGCGCCCCAGUCUGUCAUGGGCGGUGACGACCACGACGACACAGACGACACACCACAGGAAUCCCCCGUCCACGGUUACAAGCCUGACACGAGCGGCUAUUCCGCGGCCCCCGCCAUCCUCGUCAUGGUCGACAAGGGCUCGGGCAUUCUGGACGCCUUCUGGUUCUUCUUCUACAGCUACAACCUCGGUCAGACCGUCCUCAAGGUCCGCUACGGCAACCACGUCGGGGAUUGGGAGCACUGCAUGGUCCGCUUCGAGAACGGCGUGCCGCGUGCCCUCUACCUGAGCGAGCACGCCGGCGGCCAGGCGUAUGCAUGGAGUGCCCUCGAAAAGUACAACAACGCGUCCUCCACCACCGGCAUCCAGCGCCCCGUCAUCUACUCGGCCGUCGGCAGCCAUGCCAUGUAUGCGCUGCCCGGCACGCACCCGUACGUGCUGCCCUUUAAGAUGCUGCGCGACGAGACCGACAAGGGCCCGCUCUGGGACCCGGCCCUGAACAACCUGGCCUUCCACUACGACUACGUGCUGGACCGCGAGCAGGGCGACGCCGGCUCGCACGACCCCGAGAAUGAGGACGACGACGACGAUGAUGUCGUCGACGAGGACAGCCGCUCCUCCGCUUCCUCGUCCGCCUCGAAAUCGUCCUUGAAAAAGAAAAAGGACAAGACGCCCGGCGGCCCGUGGGUCCCGCCGACCAGCCUGACCCCGGCCUCGACCAACCCGGACGCGCCCACCUCGUGGUUCCACUUCCGCGGCCUCUGGGGCGACGCCCUCUACGAGCUCGGCGACCCGCGCCAGUGGCGCCUCUUUGGCCAGUACCACUACACCGAGGGCCCCGCCGGCCCCAAGUUCAAGAACCUGGGCCGUGAAAAGGUGUGCCAGGCGGAGCGCUGCCGCAUCCUGUACAGCCUCGACGCCGGCAAGAAGGCGUCGUGGUACAGUUAG